AUGGUUCGUCCUUGGGUUUUCUGUCUCUUCCUGUUCCCCUGUUCCUUUGCCUACUCGGACAGCUGGAUGCCCCUGGUAAACCAGACUCAACGCCUCCUCCAGGAGGCUAACUCUUCCUUCUCUUCCAACUGCUGGGUCUGCUUAUCCAUCCAAACCCAGCGCUCUCUAGCCACGCCAGCCCCACUAAGGACUUGGACAGAGACACCCAUGAAACUUCGUAUCAUGUAUUCCGCCCGGACCCUCUCCGGCCCUUACCCUAUUACUGACCUCGAGAGACGCCUCCAGAAUUUCCAGCCAUUGACGCCUCACUACUCUUUCGUCAACCCUGACCGACGGGCCAUUGCUUUCCUUCAGAUCACCAGUGUGACAGGCAUACUCCCCAUCCUCUCCCGCCUCACCUCGGUGAGAUACCCCAAUGACCACUUCUAUGAAUCUACCCAGCGCCCCAUAUGGGGAUCACUCUCCACUCAGACAAUCCUCACCUCCCAGGCCCCUCUCUGCAUAUCCCGUUUCUUCAAGAAUUCAAAACAUGCCACCUUCGUGGGCAAUCUCCCUGCCUCUCUUUGCAAUCACACCUUUCAGCUCUCUCCCUCCGCCAACCACCAGUCCAUAGAUCUGUCCAGCAGCUAUGCAUUUGCCCCACUAAUGGCCAUGCCAGGCUCUAAAUGGAGAAAUCCCUUACGCUUUUCAGGACCCCCUACUCUAAACUCGGGGAAGCCUUACCACUCCUGCUCAGUAGACGACAUCCACUGCCACACCUACCCCACCACCCCCUGGAGGUACUGUCCUUCCUCCCCGACUAGCACCUGCUAUAAUCUCACCCUAUUCGAACCCAACAAUUCGAGUCACCCUACUACCCUGUCUGUGGACACCACAUACUUCAAGAUUAAACUCCAGGGACACAAAGACCCCUAUCCACUCUUUCAGUACCAGCCCCUCAUGGGGGCAGCCCUCUCUGGACAAUAUUCAAUCUGGGAGGAUGAGCCCACUGUUAAGGAAAAUGAGGAUAUCACUCCAAAUAUCUUCUCCCAUCUUGUCUCCUUAACAUACUCCUUCUGUCUCAACUCCUCGGGCGUUUUCUUCCUCUGUGGAAAUUCAACUUAUGUCUGUCUCCCGGCCAAUUGGUCGGGCGUCUGUACCCUUGUCUUCCAAUACCCGGAUAUUCAACUCCUGCCUAACAACCAAACCAUAACAGUCCCGCUUUUGGGUACAGUUCCCUCCUCCGUUCCCGCUUCUCGCCGGAAGCGAGCCCUUCCUCUCCUUCCUCUUCUUGCCGGCCUGGGCAUUGCUUCCGCCCUUGGGUUAGGCAUCGCCAGUAUUACCACCUCAACCAUGUAUUUCCAACAGCUUUCCAAGGCUCUCUCGGAGAGCCUAGACGAAAUAGCCACGUCCAUCAUCAGCCUCCAAGACCAAAUCGACUCACUGGCGGGUGUCGUUCUCCAAAACCGCAGAGCUCUGGACCUCAUUGUGGCCGAGAAAGGGGGCACCUGCCUCUUCCUCCAGGAAGAAUGCUGCUUCUACAUAAACCAGUCCGGAGUAGUCCGGUAUGCGGCAAGGAAACUUCGAGAAAGGGCAUCGGAACUCGGCCCAAGCUCGAGCUCUUGGACCCAGUGGAUGGGGCUGGGACCCUGGCUGCCCUCUUGGUUGACUUCCUUCAUGGGACCUAUACUCUUUAUCCUGGUACUGCUCAUUUUCCGAUCUUGUCUGCUUAAUUGCCUGACUCAUUCCGUAUCCCGGCGAAUGAGUUCUUUCAUUCACAACACCACCAAAGGGCACGUGGACAAGCUCCUUCUGCUUCGAGAGUCCCAGUACAAGAGACUUCCCCAAGAGCCCCCGGAGGAGGACGCCGUCUAG